CUAGCGUGUGUGGCUAGUUGUCACUGGGUAAUCUUGAAUUGACUGGGUGUAGCCAGUGCAACUUGUUGAGUAAUGUUCCGAAAGGCUUGUGAUUCGUGUUUUUCAACGAUUAGUUGAGAAUUUUAUUUGUCGAAGAAAAGAACUUGUAAUCAUGGUGAACCUAGACGCAUACAAACGUAGCGUUUGCGAAAUAAGGCGUUAUGCAAUUGAGAACAACAUUCCAGAAGAAGAAGUAAACAAAGUAUUCGAAGAAUGUUUUCGUGUUUUGGAAAUUACUGAGCUGCAAAAAUCUUCCACUUCAUCUAGAACACUCUUCAAAUAUUCCUAUGUAGCCACUUUGCUCUCAAUAAUAUGCGCUAUUGCAUUUUACAAUCAUCCGCCUACGAUGCAUUUCCUCAUGAGAAACUCGCAGAAUUUUAUUUAUCCAGGAAUGUCCUUUUUUCGUCAAUUAGCCGUACCAAUUUUAACCAGAUAUCCCUCUCUCACUGAAUGGUACGAUGAAUGGUGUCUUUUGGAGAACCCAUACUUCCGAGUAGCAGACAUGGAUUGCAGGCCAUGUAGUUUGGUGAAAUCGAUUCCAGAUUUGACUGGUCGAAAUAUUUCUUCAUCGUGGAACGUAAGCCUAGUAUUUACAAGAUCUGAAUCAAUUAAAGAAGUCAACUUGAAGGUCAUCUCAAUAAUGUAUGCAAAAAAUAAGCAUAUCUUUGAUGAAGAUUCAAGCAAAGUAUCAUCAAAUAAUAACUCUUACAGAGUCAUAAACGAUGUUGUAACAAAAAGACUGGACUUGCAGCCCACAAGUUCUGAAAAUGCUCGUAUUAUUUGGAGAAUAAAUCGAAUGAAGCCUGGAAGGAUAAUCCGAAAAUUUUUCCCCAAACCAAUAGGCACACCAAACUGGUGGGGCCAAAGUGUGGAAAAAUUUAUCUUCAUCGAUGAACCAAAGUCUCCAGCACAUAGCUUACCAAAUCCAGAAUGUAGUAAUGUGAUAUUACAAUGCGGGAGUGGAGAACGAUUAAUACAACUAGUACCAAGUCCAGAAUGCCAACAAGACUGUACCUCGUCCACCGUACUAUUGACGGCCGGUCAAUCACUAUGGUAUAACUGGUGGUACUGGCGCCCAGUUAGUUUGCCAGCAACAAACUCUACAUCGAUUUUCAUAAGCUACCUCACAUCUUUUUGCUGAAACUGCUUUUGAAUAUAAGUAACGAGACAUAGGUACCUUGAUAUGUAUAAAUAGAGGAGCAAAGUCGGUUGCAUAAUUUCGAUUUAAAAUUCAUGAACCAUGAAAAAAAAAUGAUGUAUAUAAAAUUGUUUAUAAAAAGAAUGAUUUAUACCUUU